UGUGCGGGCAGGGGGGGGAAGAAAUAAACGGGACGGUACGGUAGAUUCCAAAACCGCAGUCUCAGACAAAGCUUAGCAUCUCUGCCCCCCUUCCCUUGCUGUUGACUUUACCCACAAGUCAAUUCCAAAACCCUAGCUUCAUCCCCCACCUCUCCCCCCCUUCCAUCCUCAAAUCCUUAUCCCUCUCUUCCUCUCUCUCACAGAUCAAUCCAUCUCUUCUCUUCUCUCCGAGCUAUCCAUAUGCUCCGUUCGAUGCCACCAUCCCACUUUCUCCGCCAACUCCUCUUCUUACUACUGCUGCUAUCACCAUGGACAUCUUCUCGCGCCGCUGAGCCGUCCAAUCAUAUCUCCGUAUACGGACGCGCGGCUAGCAGAUCGCUGCUGCACUCUGAUGAAGAGCCAAACACGGAGCUUGUUGUUGAUCUUUCUGGGAAAGUCUCGUUGAUUAUGCAGCCGUCAAGAAAACCAAUCUGGUCUUUCUCAUCAGGAUCACCCAUUCAUUCCUCCUAUCAAGCUCCUCUUCUAAAUGUUGUCAACAACACAGGAAACGCCACUGAGAUUAUUAGUAAAGCUUUCGUUGUAGAGUACAUAGACGACAACUCAGAUGUUAGUACCAUGGUUGAUGAUGAUGGCUAUACUAGAAAGACUAUGGAGGACUUGAUGAAGGAGAUGCCACGUGUGAGUGACGAUGGUCUGACUCUUGGCUCCAAAACCUCUACCACCUAUUUGGUUGAUGGUUUGUCGGGGAGGCUAAUCCAUGUCUAUGGGACCACCACCCGAGAUAAUAAUAACAACAACACUAGUUUCAUGGUGAAGCCCACUAGCGCCGACAAUCUGGCGAGCAUACAGCUUCUCAUCACGCGGACAGAUUCAAAACUGGAGCAUUUCGAUAAGACCUCAGGAAAGCCUGUGUGGAACGUGACCGUUUCUCACUUCAGAGCCGACUUGCGUUGUGAUCCGGCUUUCAAUAGAGACAAAAACCUCGGUCCUGAAAUCCUCACUGGAAUCUAUCUCCCGUUGCGAUGCGGUGGUAAUCACACUGACGUCCGUUCCCUCGUUAAAUCAGGAGUUUUUAUUAGGAUGCCUCGAGAACCUGAAAGUGGCAAUGAAGCCAAAAUGUUGCCCUCUUCAGUAAACAGAAAAUCAAGGAAGUUAUGGGAACAUGGUGUGUUUGGCAAAAACUCUGGAUGGUCGCCUGUGAAAUUACUUGUCCCUCUAUUUGUUUUGGUUGCUGUUAUAAUCUCUGUUUACGCGAAAAGCUUUUCAUCGAGGGGCGGUGAUUUGAGUUCAAAAUCUGGACCUUCCAAAAAGAAGAAGAACCGUAAAUCAGGGAAGGAUAAGCAGACAGAAUUUGAGCUGGUUGAAGGGGGUCAAAUGUUACUAGGCUUCAAUGACCUUCUAAAUGGUGGAGGUGACGGGAGAAAGAUUGGUAAGCUGUUUGUGUCAAAUAAAGAAAUCGCAAAGGGAAGUAAUGGGACUGUGGUGUUUGAGGGUAUUUACGAAGGCCGGCCAGUAGCUGUAAAACGCCUCGUUCGUUCCCAUCACGAAGUUGCUUUCAAGGAGAUUCAAAACCUCAUUGCAUCCGACCAGCAUUCGAACAUCAUUCGGUGGUACGGUGUGGAGUACGACCGAGAUUUUGUUUACCUUUCUCUAGAGCGAUGCGCGUGCAGUUUAGAUGAUUUGAUCAAAACCUAUUUGAAUUUCUCAAUGACGAAAGUGUUGGGAAAUGGCGACUCUACGUAUGAGAUGAAACUGGACUCUUUGGAGGGAGUUAUGGAAGGAAAGAGUUUGUGGAAAGUGGGAGGCCACCCGUCACCUCUCAUGCUAAAACUUAUGAGGGAUAUAGUUUUUGGGCUUGCCCAUUUGCAUGAACUGGGAAUAGUUCAUCGGGACUUGAAACCACAAAAUGUAUUGAUAAGUAAAGGGAUGACUGUGAGUGCAAAGCUUUCUGAUAUGGGUAUUAGCAAGCGUCUAACUGGGGACAUGUCGUCAUUGGGUCAUUUUGCCACAGGUUGUGGUAGUUCUGGUUGGCAAGCACCGGAACAGCUACUUCAAAGUCGCCAAACCCGUGCUGUAGACAUGUUUAGUUUAGGAUGUAUCCUGUUUUACUCCAUAACUGGUUGUAAGCAUCCCUUUGGACAAGACCUUGAACGCGAUGUCAACAUCGUGAACAACAAAGUCGACUUAUUUCUAGUCGAGCAUGUUCCCGAAGCUUCAGACCUGAUCUCUCGUUUACUGAAUCCAAACCCUGACUUACGUCCUAGUGCAACCGAAGUGCUACUCCAUCCCAUGUUCUGGAACUCAGAGAUGAGACUGUCUUUUCUUCGGGAUGCUAGUGACCGAGUAGAGCUUGAAAACAGAGAGGCUGAUUCGGAGAUCUUGAAAGCAAUGGAGAGUACAGCUCCAGUGGCUAUAGGAGGGAAGUGGGAUGAAAAGCUAGAACCUAUCUUCAUUACAAACAUCGGACGGUACAGGCGUUACAAGUAUGAUAGUAUUCGUGAUCUGUUACGUGUCAUCAGAAACAAACUGAAUCAUCACCGAGAACUUCCUUCAGAGAUCCAGGAACUUGUUGGAACGGUUCCAGAAGGAUUCGAUGAGUACUUUUCUGUUCGGUUUCCAAAAUUGCUGAUUGAAGUCUACAGAGUCAUCUCUGUGCACUGUAAGGAAGAAGAAGUAUUCAGAAAGUACUUCAAAUGCAACCACAUGUAAAUAACGGGUUUGCUUACUUGUAAUCCAUGUUUGUUAUUGCUAUAUAUGUUUACAUAAAUUAACUGAUUUCUAAACUAGUUGCAACAUGCAUCACUAAUCUAUGUAUAUAUGUAUUAUCUCAUGUAAACUUCCGUUUCAAAUAAUAUUUGUACUAUUUCAUAAA